AUGUCUGCUGCGGUCAAUAAGGCCCAAGAGGUCGAUAAGGCCCAGGCCCAAAUCAAUGAGCUUCUGGAAGAGAUAGACCUGCGCAAGUUCAUUUACGACGAUAUCCUACAAACUAAGGGUGACUGCGAAGAGGCGAGGGACGAGUUGGCAACCAUCAAGUCGCAGGAAGCCCAACUGAGGAGGUUCUUGGGGGAGAAAAGUCCCCCUAUAGAAAAUGCUGUGGCUCCGCCCAUAGUGUCACCUCGUCCGUCAACGCCACGCUUUGUUCCUACGCCUGCGCCUGCACCUGCACCUGCUAUGCCGUCUGGUGGGUAUACUGGAUUCGCUGGAUUUGCCGAAGAGCCACAUUGGCCCUCCACAGGACCAUCCCCGUUUGCCACCGUGUCUCCGGCCCUAGGAAAUGGUUCAAGCUCAUCAGCACUGCCGUCCAUUGAGGAGUCUCGGAAACGCCCGCGUCCGACAUCUGGAUCAUCACCCCCGGUUCAGGGUUCAGCGAAAAGAAGCGCGCCCCCGCAAUCCUUUUCACGCCGCUCGAAGCUCGAGGAGAUAGAAGCUCGACACAAAAGUGAAGUUGAGAGCAAUAGAACUCAGUACAGGAAUCUGAUGAAUGCGGCACUGGACGAUAACGAACGCGAAGACCUUGCAACUGAGCUUGACAUGAUGGAAAGUGAAAUCAACUCGCAAUUCCAACUCGAGAAAGAUGGUGCGCUAGCUCGCGCGCUUCAACAUGAGGAGGAUGUUGUCUCCCUCCCGGCGCCGAAUCCUUUACAACGGCCUUCUUGGAAUAUGCCUCAUCGUACCCAAAUGGUUAAGCGAGAACCCGGCCUGGGCAGCACUGUCACCCCUGCACUCUACAUUCCCGGGUCUUCGUAUAGCCAACAGAAUUCGAGUUCCGACGAUGGGUUCGAGGAGAUUUCGGCCGAUUCUUUCAACUCUCGCACAGGCAGGCAGCCAGCCUUUGGCAACCCCUAUUUACCAUCAUCUUCUUCAUAUUCUAAACCCGAUUAUUCAUUGAGCCGCUUCCCGCCAGACUACUCGUCGUCAAGUACCAGGCCUCUUCCGUGGAGCUCGCCAUACAUGACAUCUGCACGGGAGGCUAUGAAAUUGCCAAGUACCAUGGCAAACAUGCCAGGGGCGUAUCCAGGGGCAUAUUCAGGGGCGCCAUAUUCAGGGAUGUACACUGGGAAAUAUAACCCAUAUGACAAGUAUGACAAGUUUGAGAAGGCUUUCGACUUGGUUCGCAGAUAA